GUCACAGCUGCUGCUGCUUCUGUAGUCUGAAAAACCAGGCUGGGAAGCUGCUGCUCCCCCAGUGGGUCUGUGCUGGGGAGAGACCUUCAUUACAGCCCCUCCAUGCCCAGCCCAGGGGGGACUUUCUCCAGUGGCUGGCACCAGCCCCAGGCUCUGCUGACACCAGCUGCUGAGCUGGAGACUGCAGAUGUGUGCAGCAUGCGUGGAUGACCAAAUGUUGAUUGCUGUGUGAGGUUUGUUGCUACUGCCAAGGGGAAAAACCUGGGACAAGACUGGCAUUGAAAUGGAUCGGAGACCCUCCUGAAGCCUCCCUCAUUGCCAUUCGCACCCUAAAAGAAACUUCCACACUGCCUCAGAUUGUCCCAUCCUCUGGCAGGACGAAGAAGGGAAAUGGCUGCAGAGGAGCCAGCUCAGGGGCCAGUGACCUUUGAGGAGAUGCCUGCAUAUUUCAGUGAGGGCCAGUGGGAUCUGCUGAACCCCAGUCAGAGAGCCUUCUGCAGGGAUGUCAUAGGAUUUCCAGUUCCCAAACCCAGUGUGGUCUCUUGGAUGGAAAAACAGAAAGAACCGUGGGCCCCAGAUCUCCUGGGCUCCGAGCAAAAGGAGCUACUAGGUGAGGUGUGCACAGCAGAUGACAGGACCAUGAGUGAGAGCGAGGAGGAGAGUCCCCAGCAGGAAGAUUGUGAGCCCAUGGAGCCAGAUGGGAAAGUGUCAAGAGGCAGCAAAGGGGAUGUCUCCCGGGGCCCUGAGCAAAGAAACCCUCCAGCACAAGGGCGGAGUGAACGUGGCCUCCGGGCAAAGGGCUGCAACCCCCUCAAAGGCAUUGGCCUCUCGCCACGGAGUGAAGCUGGAGAGCGCCCCUACCGGUGCGAGGACUGUGGGAAGAGCUUCAGCAGCAGCUCAGCCCUCAUCAUUCACCGGCGCAUCCACACGGGGGAGAAGCCCUACAAAUGCCCAGAGUGUGGGAACAGUUUCAACCAGAACUCAGCCCUCAUUGCCCACCGGCGCAUCCACACAGGGGAGAAGCCAUACGCCUGCCCUGACUGUGGAAAGAGCUUCAGCCAUGGCUCCACACUCAUCAAGCACCAACGCAUCCACACAGGGGAGAAGCCCUACACCUGCGAGGAGUGCGGGAAGAGCUUCAGCAUCCGCUCCACCCAUGUCCGGCACCAAAAGACACACACAGGUGAGAAGCCCUACGUGUGUGGGGAGUGUGGGAAGAGCUUCAGUGACAGCUCCUACUUCGUCCAGCACCAGCGCGUGCACAUGGGCGACAUGCCUUUCACCUGCCGGGACUGUGGGAAGAACUUCAUCUGGAGCUCGGCCUUGGUGCGGCACCGGCGCAUCCACACAGGGGAGAAGCCAUACCGCUGCCCUGACUGUGGGAAGAGCUUCAGCGAGAACUCCACCCUUAUGCGGCAUCAGCGGAUCCACACAGGUGAGAAGCACUACAAAUGCACCCAGUGUGGCAAGAGUUUCAAUGACAGCUCCUCCCUCAUGCGGCACCAGCGCAUCCACACUGGUGAGCGCCCCUACCAGUGCCCCGACUGUGGCAAGAGCUUUGUGGACAGCUCCACCCUCAUCUGCCACCAACGCACCCACACAGGUGAGCGCCCCUACACGUGUCCCGACUGCGGCAAGAGCUUCACCGAGAGCUCCACUCUCAUCACUCACCACCGCGUCCACACAGGAGAGAAGCCCUACACCUGUCCUGACUGUGGGAAGAGCUUCAGCCAAAGCUCCAACCUUGUUACUCACCAGCGCAUCCACACAGGCGAGCGCCCCUAUUCUUGUGCUGACUGUGGCAAGAGCUUCUACCGCAGCUCAGACCUGAUCCGGCACCAUCGCACCCACACUGGGGAGAAGCGCCACAAGUGUCCUGCCUAGAGCCUACCCAGCUUUUGUGGGGAGAUGACUGGGGACCAGGCUCCAAGGAUAGGCAUCACCAAAACUACCACAGACAACUAUAUGCACAAGGCCUUUGCCCAGAACAUCUGCAAUGAAUGGCACAGGAGCUUCUCACACAAGGCUGGGGGUUCACAGCUCACCUCCCUCCAUCUAGGGCAAUAGCUUGUGCCAGCUUCUCAAUGCCUAGAGUAACGUUCCCUCCCAAGAGCAAUUGCCUUCAGGACCCUUCCAACAGCCUGGACCGAUGGGUUUGCCUUUGAUGCCUCCUUACACUGACUACAUUGGGUUUAUUUUUCUCGUCAGACAUGGAAUCAACUCAGGAAUCAUUGUGGCAUCAUAUUUUUUCCCACCCUCACCCACAUAAGCGAGGUUUUUCCAAGCCAAGAUUGUGACAAAUAAUAAUUUUAGCAUAUUUUUUAACAAGAGCCUUUGUCACUGUGACCAGCAAAGAGAGACAGACAGACUACAAGGACGAACGACAGUUUUGUUUGUUGACGUGUAAAGUUUUGUGUGCAAGUCUCUGGGCAAGGGGAACAUUAGGCCUGAACCCUUUUCCCAAAUAGCAUUUAGGAGAGAGCCCUUAGGAGAGGAAACCUGAACCCUUUUCCCCGGUAAAUCUUUGCAUGCCAGAGGGUCUGAGCUGAGAAAGCUUUCAAGGUCAAGAGGCUCCUGUAGAUGUUGCACCUCAGCAUUAAGAGAGAUGCUGUAAUGUCCCCAUUGUACCACUGCCCCUUCUCUUCCAAGAUAGUGUCUUAGAUCCAGGUGGCCCUAGCCAAUGGGAGCCAGUCCUGUUUCCAGGCUGAGGUGACCUGGACAAGAGAACCUGGGGUUACUUCAAGGUUGGGGGAGGAGGAAGGAGUGGGAACCGAGAGAGGAAGCAUCCCAGCCAGCUUUCCAGGACAGAUGUUCAAAGGAUUAGCACUCACACCUAAGGGCAGGUUUGCUGAAUAUACCUCAGUGCAGUCUUCUUAGCUUAGAUGCUGAGCAGUGUUGACUAUCUGGCCACCUCUUGGGAUGUUGUAGAUGAGCUCUGAGAGAACUUUGCCCCUGGCUGCUGCUGUCUGAUGCUUCCAGGAGGCCGUACCUACUUUGCAGCUAAGAUUUCCAGUGCUGCCCUAGGGGGGUCUGAGCACCCAGAGCCCUGUGCUUGGUAUUUGGUGUCCAGAUCCCAUGAGGCAGCACUAAAAGUCUCCUCCUGGGAGUCUUGAGAGAACUCUUUUAUGCCCUAAUGUACCUUCUGCUUCUUUAAGAAGAGCAAAACAAGGGAAAUUCCAUUGUGCAUGGGCAGGUGAGUUGUGGGGAGUCUUAUUAAUGUAGAAGGGAGGAUGUUCCAGGUAGUAGCAAGUUUUAGAAAAAAUAAAUCCCAGGAUUGUUACAGUUUUUUUAAAACACUAUCUAAUAAAUUGUCUGUA